AUGACGGACGAAGAUCGGAUGACGUUAGCUCCGACGGAAAUUUACGGCCGGAGCGACGAAGAGCAGAACGGCCCGAAAAUCUGGCGUCGGAAAACAGAGGAGACUCCGGGAAACUGUAUCGUUUAUUCCCUAACAAUAAUCGUCAUCGUUUUCGCAGUUUGUCUCGUCCUCUCGCUGAUUUUUCUCCGGAUCUCGAAACCAGAGAUCGAGAUUGUAUCUAUCUCCACGAGAGAUCUCCGAUUCGACGGUAACUCGACGAAUCCUUACUUCAACGCGACGCUAGUGAGCGAUAUCUCGAUCCGGAAUUCGAAUUUCGGGGCUUUCGAAUUCGGUGACAGCUCGUUACGAGUUGUUUACGCCGAUCAUGGAGUUGUGGGAGAGACGACGGUUGAGGGGAGAAGAGUCGAAGCUCAUAAGACGGUUAGAUUAACCGGGAUUGUGGCUGAGAUCGGUUCGUUUCGGUUAUUGAAUACGAGGGGUUUGGAUUCGGAUUUGGGGUCAGGGUUAUUGGAAUUGAGAAGUGUUGCUGAGGUUAGAGGAAGGAUUAAAGUGAUGGGAAGAAGGAGAUGGAAGGUUAGUGUGAUGAGCUGUACCAUGAGACUCAAUUUAAACGGGCGGUUUAUUCAAAAUGUGUUAUGUGAUUACUAA